GCAUUCUGGGAGUUGUAGUGUACCUUUUACGCAGGCGCAAAGUGACAACUUUCCGAGACACAAGUCGCGCUCAUCAGAAGAAUAUCUCUUAAGUUUCUCAGAGGCACAAUGGCCACCUACAGCCUGGCGAAUGAGCGACUACGCGCCCUAGAAGACAUCGAAAGGGAAAUCGGCGCCAUCCUCCAGAAUGCAGGGACUGUGAUCCUGGAGCUGUCCAAGGAAAAAACCAACGAGCGACUCCUAGACCGGCAGGCGGCGGCCUUCACCGCCUCAGUGCAGCACGUGGAGGCGGAGCUGUCGGCUCAGAUCCGUUACCUCACUCAGGUGGCCACAGGGCAGCCGCAUGAGGGCUCCAGCUACUCUUCACGGAAGGACUGUCAGAUGGCUCUGAAGCGAGUGGACUAUGCCCGCCUCAAGCUCAGCGACGUUGCCCGAACCUGCGAGCAGAUGCUGGGGAGCUAAGCCACAGCAGUGGACCCAGAGAUUGGUGGGAGAUCAUGACCCACAGCUGGGAUAGAAUCUAGAGACCUGUAGAGUGGGGUGUGUGGACUGACACAUACGUGCCCUGCUGUUCAGAGUCAACUUGAACAAAGGGGCAAAGAUGACAAUGGAGAAACAAAUCGGAGCCUGUCCCCCCCCCCCCCCCCCGAGCCCUGGCUCCUUCAGCAGGGUGCUGGUGGUGCACACUUCACAAGCGCAGACAAGCACUGGACACCCAGUUACCCGACCCAUGACCAUCAUCACUCCUAACACGUACCCUGUCCUUUCUUGGCCCUUCCGAAAACUUUUUCCAAUAAACAUACAUUCUUCUA